AUGGCAACGACGAGUAAUAACCCAUCAUGCCCUGCACCCAUGAAGGCCACGUCCAACGGGGCAUUCCAACAUGAAAACCCUCUCGAUUAUGCGCUUCCUCUGUUAAUCCUCCAAAUUUGUUUGGUCGUUGCUUUUACUAGAUUUAUUGCAUUCCUUUGCAAACCCCUCAGACAACCCCGAGUCGUUGCUGAGAUCAUCGUAAGUUUUUCUUUCCCCGCCUUGCAGUGGUCAUGUACUUUGGCACUCAUGGGCAUUGCCAUGAUUUUAGUAUUCAACUUCAAGUUUGUAACUCCACCAGGGACAUCUUUGGCCUUUGGUGCUAGAUUAGUUGGGGUGUCAUCAAACAAGGAUAGGAAAACAGUUGAUGCGGUUGAUGACAAUAAUUAUGCUGAUAAAAAGCAGGAUGAUGAAUUGUGGAGUAAGUUUUUAAGUGCAUGCAACAACAACCAAGAGUCAAUGAAGUAUGAGGAAAAGCUAGUGCAGAGUAAAGGAGAUAUUGAGACAACAUUGAAGGAUAUGAAGAGAAGCAACCUAAUAUUGGUUGGUAGAAUGCCAUCAGUGGCACCUUUGGGUAGCCAGAGUGAUUGUCCAGAGCUUGGACCUGUUGGAAGCUUUUUGGCUUCUUCAGAUUACUCCACCGUUACAUCAGUUAUGGUGAUUCAACAAUACAAUCCCUCCACUGACAUUCAUCCAUUGGUGAUGGAAGAAUCAGAUUUCCCAGAAAUGUCAGAUACACCAAGGAGUUAA